UUUACAGAGACAGUUUGCAAUGUCUAAUAGAACCAAAUCUUGCAGAGAUGAUGAUGGUUCAGGCAGCACAGGCUUAUUUGUUGGAGGGUUUAUUUUGGGUGGACUUAUAGUCGGUGCCCUCGGAUGUGUAUAUGCACCACAGAUCAGCAAGGCUAUAGCUGGAGCAGACCGAAAGGAUCUCAUGAGGAAAUUGCCGAAAUUCAUCUAUGACGAGGAAAAAGCUUUGGAGAAAACACGUAAGGUACUAGCUGAGAAAAUUGCUCAGCUCAACUCUGCUAUCGACGAUGUGUCAUCUCAGCUAAAAUCAGAAGAUACUCCGAAUGGUGCAGCUCUAAGCACCGAUGAAGUCGAGGCUACUGCCUGAUAUCAUCUGUUUAGGAUUUGAAUCGAAUCACGGGAGAUUACUUAUUAUGAUCCCAAUAAUUGUUUUCCUUUCUGUGUAAUGUUGUACAACUUUUCGUCUCUCUUUAAACGACUGCCUUCUUCCUUGUUCCUCUUGAAAUCGUCGUGUUGAAGGAUAUCAUAGCCAAAUCUGAGUUUAAGGAGACUAUUAAAUUUCCUGAUUCUGA